AACCACCUCACCGGAAUGACGAUUCUGUCCUCGGACCGGAAGCACCGGCGCAACACCAAAGCCCCGCUGCUGCCACAAAAGCACGACGAAGACUAUGGCUCCGUCGAGGCCGGUUUCGAGGGGGCGUCUUUUUCAGGCGCCGUGUUCAACCUCUCGACGACGAUCGUCGGUGCCGGGAUCAUGGCCCUCCCGGCGGCGGUCAAGCAAUUGGGCCUGGUUCCGGGCCUGAUUAUGAUCGUCUUGGGCGCGAUGCUAACGGAGUCCUCCAUCGACAUGAUCAUGCGGUUCACCAGAGCUUCCAAGGCCGCCUCGUACUCCGGCCUUGUCGGCGACGCGUUCGGUGGACCCGGCCGGACACUCCUCCAGCUCUGCGUCGUUGUAAACAACUUGGGGAUGCUCGUCGUCUACAUGAUCAUCAUGGGGGAUGUGCUAUCGGGGACGUCGUCGGAAGGAGUCCGCCAUUCGGGGGUGAUAGAAGAAUGGUUCGGACAACGCUGGUGGACGGCCCGGUUCUCGCUGCUGCUUCUUACCUCGCUGUUUGUUUUGGCUCCCCUUAUUUCUUUCAAGCGCGUAGAUUCAUUGAGAUACACAUCAGCGUUGUCCGUUGCUUUGGCUGUUGUAUUUGUCGCAAUAACUGCUGGAGUAGCAAUCUUUAAGUUGAUUGAUGGAAGCAUUGAAUUUCCACGUUUGAUGCCCAAACUGGUUGACCAGGCAUCGUUUUGGAAACUUUUCACCACCAUCCCCAUUCUUGUCACCGCCUAUAUUUGCCAUCAUAACAUUCACCCUAUAGAGAAUGAACUGAGAGACCCUGCGCAGAUGAAGUCAAUAGUGCGAAUGUCACUUGCAUUUUGCUCUACUGUUUAUAUUGCAACCAGCUUCUUUGGUUUCCUUCUCUUUGGGGAUCAUACGAUGGAUGAUGUGCUGGCAAAUUUUGAUGCUGACCUUGGAAUUCCGUAUAGCUCGAUUCUUGAUGAUAUUGUUAGGGUGAGCUAUGGUGUCCACCUGAUGCUCGUUUUCCCCAUUGUGUUUUUCUCCCUCCGCCUAAAUUUGGAUGGCCUUUGCUUUCCCUUUGCCAUUCCUAUCGCAUAUGACAACCGAAGAUUCUACUCAGUAACUGCAGCUCUCAUGGGUUUUAUUUUUCUGGGAGCCAAUUUUGUGCCUAGCAUCUGGGAUGCCUUUCAGUUCACAGGUGCUACAGCUGCCAUCGCCGUUGGUUUCAUAUUUCCAGCUGCCGUAGCCCUUAGGAACACUAGUGGAAUCGCGACAAAGAAAGACAAAUUAGUCUCAUGGGUGAUGAUAUUUUUAGCAGUCUCCUCAAGCACGGCGGCUAUCUCCAGUGACAUUUACAGCAUUUUCAGCCGUGAGAAAGUCGCUAGAAGCUGACACAGCAAAGUUUUACAAUCUUUUCACAUAGAAUUAGAGUUGAUUUUUUUAAUUUUUUUAUAGAAAAAUUCAAGCACCAGCAGCUAAAAACUGUUCUAACGGGAAGCUUCACAAAAGCACUAUUAACGACUGAUGAUUUGUGACUUAAGUCAGUUGUUAUAUUCCGUUAGUGGAUAAUUACAUUAAAUAAUCAUGAUUUGCUGUCAUUAACCAAA